AUGCCUGUCACUCGAUCGGCCACGCGCGCUGCAGAGCGAAGCACGAGAUUAAAUCAUACCAAGGCCGACACCACCAAGGCUAAAUCUACCGACGCCAAACCUACUAAGCCAAAGACCACGAAGUCCAAGAUCACUAAGGCGAAAGCCGCGCAGCCGAGCACCUUAUCCGCCACUAGCGAUGCCGGGGAAAGUGAAACAUCACUUAAAUCUCGACACGGCAGAUUGCUUGAAUGGCUAUCACUUAAAGACACAGCCGAUGGUGUCAUUCCUGACAGUGACAGGCUUUUCUGUCUCUUACGAGAACUACGUCAACAGAAAGGAUGCCAGGUUGUUGCGCGUGGUCGUCCACGCGAGCUAACCAACAUCGAGUGGUUGAUGAUCGAGUGGCAGGAUAGCGCAGCUAGAGAGGAGUUUCUGCUAUGA